UUCAGUUCAUUCUUCCUCUCAAAUUCUUUUACCUUAAUUUUUUUGGGGACAAAAUUUCCCCUAAAAUCUACCAAGUUUUACUAUAAAUUUACUAAAACCGAGUCGGAUUUUUACCUCAAGUUCAAAAUUUGGGACACAAUUUAUCCCUAAAUUUACAAUUUAGUCUUGUCAAUUGAAUCUAUAGAGCUUUUUUCCUUGCCUAGAUAUAUUCUUAUUAAUAAGCUUAUCUCUCAUCCUGGGUCAGUUCAGUUCAGUUCAUUCUUCCUGGCGAGUUCUCAAAUUCUUCCCUGAACUUACCUUUGGGACACAAUUUCUCCUAAAAUCGUCCAAAUUAAGUUAUCACCACCGAGUCGAAUUCUUACCUCAAGUUUAAAAUUUUGGACAUAAUUUUUCGAAAAAGUUUUCCAUCUUUGUUUUUAUAAAUUUACAAAAGUGUGAUCAUGUCCCUCAACGGCGCAAUUUCCGUCCUCCAAGACUUUAACUACAUGGCGGAACUGUUAAUAAAUCUAUGGGUAGUUUUCUUCCUUUGGGUUGCCUUCUUGACCUUCAUGUACUUCAAAGUGGUUCGAGUCCUGGUCCGAUAUGGUUUUUGUUUCGGGCCGGAUGUGAAUCCUGCCGGGGUGGGGGAGCACGUGGCGCCCGCGUGGGUCCGAGUCUACCUCCCCUCGCCCACCGACCAACCCAAUUUCGGCAGGGACAUGGCCAUCGUCCGGGACAAGUUUGGCAUCAAGUGGAGAAACGACUUUGACCGGUUGCAAGAGACGGGAAUCUUGUCGGAAACGACGACGCCGGGGUCGGAGGAUGAGAGGAGGAUUUUUGCCCAAACAAAUCCUUCAGCUAGCGACAUUCCUCAAUCCGCUUACAGUGGCGCGACCCUCCUGAAACUUCCGGACUGUCCGCCGUGGUCAUUCCCAUCCAGACUCGAUAUUGAUAAGCGAUGGCCUGCUUAUCACCACACCUACGACAUGACCCUCCCCCCGACCGUCAGACAGCAACUCUUCGCUCCGCCAAGCUCCAUGCGAAACAGGAGCAGCUAUCUCAUCCACCGAAUCAACGUGACGGGCGGACUGAGGAGACCACCCCGACCGCCCCCACCACCCCCCAAACUGUCGUGGGCUGCCUCCGCCUGGAAAUGGGCUACCACGCCGAAUAGGGGACUUGAAAUUCAAGAUAAAAUGUUGGCGAAGCUAAUUUCCUUGUGCGAAUAUAUGCUUGAUUUGCCGAACAAAAUUUAGAAUUUUUUCAUAAGGGUCGAUUUCCUACAUAUUUUUUUUUAAGUUUACUUACAAAAUGUUCCAAAGUUGUGUACCUAUUAUUUCUAUUUGUUUUAUAUUUAUAAGCUGGUAAAUUUUAGUCAAAUAAGGUAAAGUUUACUGAAUUAAAAUGUUCCAUAAAUCAAAAAUUUUAGGUAUUAUUUUCAAUUUAUUGUGUAUUUAUAAGUUGCUAAAAUUUAGUCAAACUAGGUCAAAAUUAACUAGGAAACAUUUAUCUUUAACGAACUACCUUAAUUUAUACGAAUUUGGGAUAUAGUAUUAAGUAAAAAAAAAAAUAACAACGAAGGGUCAAAAAUAUCGUGAAUUCAAUGUUUUAGGUAUUACUUAAAUUUUGUAAAUUAGUCAAACGAGGUCAAAAUUAACUAGGAAACAUUUAUCUUUAACGAACUACCUUAAUUUGUACGAAUUUGGGAUAUAUUAUUAAGUAAAAAAAAUAGUAACGAGGGGUCAAAAAGUUUUGUGAAUUCAAAAUUUUAACUAUUACUUAAAUUUUGUAUAUUAGUCAAACGAGGUCAAAAUUAACUAGGAAACAUUUAGUUUUAAGUAACAUAACUAAUUCGAUAUAACUUGUCAUACAUUUAGUAAAAAACAAAUAAACUAAUAAAGGGUCAAAAAG